AUGGAAGCGCGGACGUGGAAACGCCUGCGAGAUUUGCUCAGCCGAGCUCGUAGCGGCCCAUUUGAAAUCUGCGCCUGCGCAGGUCAAGGGUAUGAUGCACUCCUUGCAGCGCGCGACAACAUUAAGAGACUUUGGCUACAUCACCCACUCUUCGUAGAGUCUCUUGUCGACCCCGGCCAACAAGCACAUCAUUUGUCUGUGAUGCAGUCCUGUGUUGAUGCGGAGGGCAUGCUUGCAACUUUGUCGCAUUUUGAUUUGACUUUAUCGAAGACAAACUGUGUGGCUGGCGAUGUGGCAUCAAACGUAGCCAUUGCACAGUCGUGCCUACUUCAACGGAAAUGGGCACGCGCCGCUGAACUGUAUUUCCUUUCGUUCGCUUUACUUGUGGCAGCGCCCUGGACAGAUUGCUUGGAUAAACGAUUUUGGGACGUGUCGGCUGAAGAUUUGGUCUACAACAUAGCUCGUCUGGUAGGGCUGUCGUGGACAGACAUGGGUGAUGCUCUCAUGCAGCCUGCAGAGGCUGUGCGACUGCUUGCCUGGCGAAGCAGUCCACACACAUUGCUGCCGUGGAAUCGACCGCAGUGCAAGGGUCCGAAGAUGCUCCAGGCAGGUUGUCUCGGUUUCGGCAAGAUCCAUGUCUUACCAGAGGAUUCUGACGGCGCGUCUUCUGCCUUGUGCUCAGAAUUCGGAGCUUUCGAGAGCACGAAAUGGCUAACAACCCUAGGUCAACCAGACUUGCAAAAAUUGCAGACAGGGAUGACAGGACAUCUUUUUUCUGCUGGUAGGCUGUUCAUACUUCCAGUUGGAACGCCUUAUCCCAAUCUCUGGCAUGCUCUCCACUGGUGGAUACCUGCAAUAGCGCUCAAGCAAGAGCAUGGGUGGAAUACAUCUGACACCCACCUGGGCAUUGUUUUUGACAGCAAGCUUCGCAAUGGUGGACACCGCUGGGAUGUUGAUAGGCCAGGGAGCUCAGAUACGGCACGGUUUGCAAAGUUUCAUGACGCCAUUUUGCAGCUACUGUCUAGCAACCCACUUCGUUUUGUUGCGCAAGAAGGGGACAUGUCCUGCUUUAGGGAGGCGCUGGUUGGUUUCCGCUCCUUCCGGUAUGACAUGGCUAUCACGCAGGUUGGCCAUCAAGACUUGCGAGUGUUCCGCGCAAGUUUGCGCGCUGCCCUCGAUGUACGUCAACAGCGAGUGAUGCGAGUAUUAAUCAUCCAGCGAGAAGCUGGGCAGCCUCGGCACAUCAAGAAUUUGAGUCCUCUGCGUCGAGUGCUCCAAAGGAACUCUCGCUUCGUCACACAAACACAACAGUUGGAAGCGCUUGCUCUUCUGCACCAGUUCUCACUGGUUUCGCAUGCAGCGCAGUGCGCAUUAGGCGAGCAUUCUCGUUGGGGCUCACGGUGCUGGCUUGGCGUGGAUGGUAGCGAUGGAACCUGGCUACUAAGCUUGAUAGGUGACAAGAUGGCGGCGCCACCCUUUCAAGCACAUGGCGGGUUCAGCCUCCACGAUGUCUUGCCACUUUCGGAGUGGAGGCACGUUGAGAAG